ACCGCACGACAAUCGCGUUUCCCCUCUCUGGGUUCACGCCGCUCUGAACCCACCGCCCCCGGUACCCACUGCUGCUACUCGACCCUGCUAAAGCAGCGGCGCCGCUCGCCCUGCGUCAUCUCCGUCCAAAACCCCUGUUCGAUCUCGCCGCACGGAAUCUCUCUCCUAGGCUGCGCGCCGGGCGGGGACGCGGAUUCGGGAUCAUCCGGGUGCGGCGGUGCUCCAUCUGUAGGAUAAAAAUGUUCCAGUUUACUGGUGCUUAUAUUUUGAAGUGAGAUGUAUACCAAAACAGAAUGAACUAAUAUUGUCAUCUUCGUACGGUGGCUUCUGAGGGGAAAUCUUGCUCAUGGCAACGGCAUAAUUUUCUAUUUUUGCCACCUGUUAUUUUGGGCUAAGAUAUUAUGGAUAGCAAUGAAAUCUGCACGAGACCACAUGAGCUUGAGAAACUUGAGAUUGCCAGGAGAGGAGAAGAAGAUAAAGCAUCUUAUAACCCUGAACUAGAAGAAGGUGAGUUCAGGAAGGAUGAACCAUUUGUAUUUAAAAAGCUUGUUCGCAAGGAUGUGGUUGCAAGCACUGCUGUAAAGUUGCCUUCAUCUGCUCAAGUGGCAAUUAAAAAUGGGCAAGUCAAUACAAGGCGACCAACUUCACCUGAAAGAGGUUCCCAUCAAGGAGGAAUUGCAAAUACUGUUAUGCAGUCUAAGUAUAGAUCAAUAAGGGAUCAACCUGAUAAUGUGAGGCAAUCAAGUUCUCAUAGAAUAUAUUCCGAAAAAUACCGUCAGAGUUGUUCUCUGUCUCCCUAUAUUAGAUCAAAAGAAAAGCAUGAGCAAAGGACGAGAAACUGUUUUAGCUACCAUGAUUAUCACCAUGUCCUGAAAAAGAUUGAGGAAGUUUGUUUGGAAAGGCUUGGUAAACUAUUGUUACAACAGAAUAAAGAUCGCAAGGAAUUCAAUAUUACACUAAAGAAACUGGAAUUCAAAUGCUUCCAAGAACACGCUUACUCUUAUAGAGUCCAUUAUGAGCAUGUCAUACCAACAGCAAGAUAUCACAGGAUGAAGCUACCGAAGCUAACUUUCUGCAUUUUGCGUAAGGUUUUUCGUAGAUAUAUGCAGUCCCAGAUUAUAAAAUUUGUGAAGCAACAAAUAAAUGAUAGAAACAAAGAGAAGAGAAUAAAAGAACGAUGGAGAUUUGAGGCUACAGCUGGCUACCUUAAGAAAAGUUUUGAUGAAACUUCCUUGGCAUAUUCUGGAUUUGAGAUGGAGAAAUCAAAUUAUCAUAUGCAUGCUUAUUCUGAAGGUGAACAACAGCUCAAAUAUUUGGACAUGCAACCUCUAACUAUUGAAAUUGAAGAGAUUGCUUCCAGUAGAGAACUUGAAGGAAGCCAUACAAAUAAGGAAAGUGAUGUGUUUGAUCCAGAGCCAGUUAUAGAAAACUUACAAUCACCACUAGAAGCAAACGGAGGUGCAGAGCAUCAUUUAUCUGUUGAUGCACCAGAAGAAAUUGCCAUUGUAAAUAGCAUGUCUUCUCAGUCCAACUAUGCACCAACUAUGGAGAGUGAAAAAGUUGGGACUCAAGUCAUCCUCUCGUUGCCACCACAAAACAAGGAGGAAAUUAUGGAGAGAUCAUGUUCUCAGUUUGCCACUGAUGAAGCAUUGGUACUUGAUAAUGCAACAUCUGCUGAUUCAGAAAGUGCACCUCCAGUCUUUGGAGAGAACCAAAGCUGCAUAAGUCCCGCUGUUGAUGCAUCUGAAGGCUCUUGUUCUAUGUGCCAGAGAAAAUUUCCUCACGGGUCUGACUCUAAUAUUCAUGAAUCAACAUUGCGUCAUGAGGAACCUCAAGUGGGAAGGCUGCCUUCAGUUAAUGUGGAUGAAAUGGAAGAAGCUGAUAUUGCAGGUAGCAAGGAAGUAUCUAGUGGUGACACCUCUUCCUCUGGCCAAGUCACUGAACAGCGAAGCACCAUUGCAACUUCAUCAACAUUAGUUCAACCUUCAACACAACCGCAACUUUAUGAUCCAACUUGUCAAAGUUCUUCCUAUCCAUAUCAACCAUCUGGUGUGAAUACUUGUUCAGUAAGCACUGGGUUAGACAGCCAUGGGGCAUUAAAUGCUCAGAUGCAAUCAGCCAACCAGACGACGUCAAGCUCCAUGGUUGAGCACAUGCCUGAAAGUGGGCUCCAGUCAGACCCAGUUACCAAUGAGUUUAGUCAACUGCUUAUGUUGAUUAGCAAUCACACCUCUUCCUCUGCCCAGGUUACUGAGCAGCAAAUUGCCUCUAAUUCAUUCUUAAGACAACAAUAUGGUGACCAGGCCUGUCAAACUUCUGCUCAUCAGCAUAGGGCAUCAAAUGUUCAGCGACAGUCAAACAACCAGACAACAACAGGCUCCACUUCUGGACUGCCUGAAAGUCAUCUUCAAUCAGAUCCAUUAACAAUUGAAAUGAGUCAACUGCUUGUGUUGCAUGAUCUGAUGACCAAGAGGCAUCUAUCUAAGCGGCAAAAAAUCAUCUUGGAGCGUGAAAUUGAGAUGGCUGAACUUAAAAGGAAGUUUGAUGAGCAGUUCCAUAAUUUAGAGAUGGAAACACUGCAGAAAAAGAAGGAUAUUGAGAUACUCCAGGAGAAAAUAUGUAAGCAACAGAUAUUAGCGGAGACAUUCCGGGUUCUACAUAAGGCCUCUACUGGAGUUGCUUCAUGCAGUCAAAUAGGUGCACCUAGGAGGGAGCCUAAUCAGCCAUCAGGGCAGCAAGUUCUGCAGUUUUCUUCAUCAGCAACCAUGUACCAGUCACCUCAACCUGCUGCGCAACCAUCGACAAACAACUUCCUGAGACAGCCUGUUGUGAUCUUGCCAUAGGCUAUAGCUAACACAUCUGGCAGAUCUGCAACUAGUUUAACACAUGCUCCAAGUGGUCUCAUGGGUGCUGGAGUUGCAUAUCAUGCACCUCCACCUCAUCUCCGAGCCUUUGUAAAUCUGUUGCGACCUUCUCGUGGUAGUGCUGCAAGCUUCGACAGGCAGGUGCAUCUAUGAUAGCUCUUAGGAGCGUCCAUAAUCCAUGCAACCUGACUGUCUAACCGUGGACUUCAGCUGGCUUAGAAAGUUUGAAGUCGUGUUUCCUCUUGGAUUUUGACUUCAGCUGAAUAUUUGUUUGGUUUGUAAGCUGUUCAUCAGAUUAACAUGUCUGUUGAUUCAGCACUUUGUUCCUCACUAGUUGCUGCCUGAUCAGUCACUGCGUCUGUUUCUGGUUAAACUCUCUAUCGUGAAACCAGAAUUUUGCAGCUGACCCUGGUUCAACUAGAUGUCUCAUGCCAGCAAAUGUACCUCAAUAGUUUGGAAGUCACAGAAGACAGAAGAACGUUUCUUCUAAUUUUUA